AUGAAUGCCUUUUUUGAUGGCUAUCUACAUCCGUCUACCACUUUGAAGCAAUUUGUUGAUCAAUAUGAUCUUGCUUUGCGGAAGAAGGUUGAGAAUGAGACUCAUGUAGAUUUUAAGUCUUUUACUACUAAGGUUCGAUGUCUAACCUUCUAUCAUUUUGAGAAACAAUUUCAAAAACUUUACACCAAUACCAAAUUCAAAGAAGUUCAGGUUGAGAUAAUGCACAUAAUUUAUUGUACUGUCUCCCUUUUGACUAAAGAAGGUUCAAUUUGCACUUGCCAAGUGAUUGAACAGGUAAAAGUUCAAAAUGCAGUCGUUGAAGAUGCUUAUAUGAAAUUAGUAACAUAUGUUGUAUACUUCAAUGGAGUUGAAGAUGAAUUUGAAGUAAAAUGCACAUGUGACUUAUUUGAAUCAAGAGGCAUCGUGUGCAGACAUGUCUUUUCUGUAUUGUGUGCACAUAACAUUACAUCUUUACCACCCAAAUAUUAUCUUGAUCGUUGGAGGAAGGAUGUGAAGCGAAGAUAUACUUUAAUUAAAAGUAGUUUUGAUGCGUUGAGUGCCAAUCCCGAAGUAGAAAGAUAUGACAACUUGUGCAAACGUAUGCUUACAUUAGCAGAGGUCGCUGCAAGAAACGUGGAUCACUACACAAAAGUUAAUAAGCAUAUUGAUAUGUUAAUGAAUGACUUACGUGGUUCAAGUCCACCUUCUCUUGCACUUUCAGACGUAUCUUUAGCAUGUAAUGAAUUCAUUGAUGAUGUUGAGUUGGCAGUAGAUGGUGAUGAAGUUCAUAGUCCCAAUGUAGCUAAAAAAAGAGGAAGGUUACCGCAUAAAAGGAAGAUGUUUGCGGUGGAAAAAUCGACAGUGAAAAACAGUAAUCCCAAUCAAAGGAAACCAAAAAAGAAGACUUCCCAUGGAGAUGAUGUUCCACACAGUGAUGUUUUUGAAACUCAAGAGAGUGCAACUACUCAGGAUAUGUGGCCACUUGCACUAUUGGAGCGGUGA